GCGCGCGCCUCCUACUGCCGCACUUUCACUCUCCGCAGCCGCAUCCCCUCCGCGUCCUGCCUCCGUACGUCCGCCGCCCGCUCUUGCCAUGGAUGCCAAGAUCGUCGCUGUGCUGGCCCUCGUGCUGGCUGCGCUGUGCCUCAGCGACGGGAAACCAGUCAGCCUGAGCUACAGAUGCCCUUGCCGAUUCUUUGAGAGCCACGUCGCCAGAGCCAAUGUCAAGCAUCUCAAAAUCCUGAACACUCCAAAUUGUGCCCUUCAGAUCGUGGCAAGGCUGAAGAACAACAAUAGACAAGUGUGCAUCGACCCGAAAUUGAAGUGGAUUCAGGAAUACCUGGAGAAAGCUUUAAACAAGUAAGCACAACAACCAAAAAGGACUUUCCACUAGAUCCACUUGAGAAAAGCUAAACCCGUGUGAGAUGAAAGGGCAAAGGUGUGUGGGGGGGAGGAAGGCCUGAACGGUGAGGACCAGGUGUGCCUGGGGGGCAGCGCAUUGACCUGGGCGCGGGCGAGAGGUUUGUCCAGCAUGUAGACAACUGCAUUUAUAGCCUACGGUACAAUAUCGCAGCGUGUGUUCAUCUGUGCCCCGAACCUUUCACAUUGGCUGUUUUAUAACUGGGGUUUUUCUAAGAAAUUGUAUCAUCCCAAUAGCAUUUCCCACCAGUCGGUUCCCUCAUAAUCAUCACAAUCAUCAUCAUUCUCAUUACCCUUUUUAAAAUCGAUGAUUACUUCAAGCUUUGUAUUUGGUUUGUUUUGGAGAUUCUCCUUUUCUCCCCCGGGGAGUCUGAGCACAGUCAGGUGAUGGCCAAGCAGGGAGCUCAGAUAAGCAUCCUUCCUCCAGACGCUGAGGCUCGGAGGAAGACUGUGGGCGUCUCCUGCAGGGGGUGCCUCUCCUGAAAUGACAACCCCCAUGCUGACCAGCGCUAGGCAGCGGCCACUACCUUCAUCUCCUCUUUCAACCUCACUGAUUGGAUGGGUGGGCUCCAUGUAGAACCGCCAUCACUGGGGGCUGUGCUCAGAGACCCUCUCCGGGUCACUCCUGGCCUCUCCCUGCCUCCCAGAAUAUGCUUUCAUCUCGCUUCUGCUUCUCAUUUCUGUACGCACCCAGCUGGAGGAGGGCGACCGCAGGGGCUCCCACCCUGUGGCCCCCUCCUCCCUUUGCCAGCCCCUCCUCUGCAGGCCCUCUGUGAGAUCCUUCUCUGGCCUCCCCCAGAACGGGGCUGGCCCUCUGCUGGGGGUAUGAGAUCAUGUCUCCUCCUUCCCACAAAAGACGGUCUUUGCAGAAUCAAAUGCAGUUUUCAAUCUGAGAGCUUGCUUUGAGGAAUUUGGUUUCUGUGAUUGCCUCUGAAACCUAUGUAUGCCAUGGAGGCUCUACAAACUCUGAGGUUUCUGAAAUCAGAAGUGAAAAAAUAGAUGAAUCAAGGAGCCUCCUGCCACUAACCCCUCCUCCUGAAGCCACAAGAUGGUUUCAGGUUCCAAUCAGAAAUGUUGGCAAGAUGAAAUCCCCUGCAUAAAUGUGAUCCACAGAUGGGCCUGGUGGUAUUUGUAACUUUUUGCAAGGCAUUUUUUUAUAUAUAUUUUCGUGCACAAUUUUUUAAACGUUACUUUAGUAAACAAAUGUAUUUCAGAAUAUAUUUAUAGUCGAACAAUUCCUAUAUUUGAAGUGGAGCCAUAUGAAUGUCAGUAGGUUACAUUUCUCUAUUACCGUAAACUACUGGCGAUUUGUAAAGAAAUAUAUAUGAUAUAAAAGUGUGACUGCAGCUUUUUAAUGUUACCCACAGUGUAUUUUUUCACUUGUACUAAAAUUGUAUCAAAUGUGACAUUAUAUGCACUAGCAAUAAAAUGCUCAUUGUUUCGUGGUA